UCCUUGUGGCGGCGGCGGCGCUCUGAGGACACUGGGCUGGGCGGAAGAAGUCGAUCUCCUGGUAUUUCUGGUUCCGGUGUCAGUGCAAGGCGCCGCCGCCGCAGCCGCCGGAGCCGCGAUGCCUAAAGGAGGUAGAAAGGGAGGCCACAAAGGCCGGGCACGGCAGUACACGAGCCCUGAGGAGAUCGAUGCACAGCUCCAGGCUGAAAAGCAGAAGGCCAGGGAAGAAGAGGAACAAGGAGAAGAAAGUGGAGAUGGGGCUGCAGGUGACCCCAAAAAGGAGAAGAAAUCAUUAGAUUCGGAUGAGAGUGAGGAUGAAGAAGAUGAUUACCAGCAAAAGCGCAAAGGUGUGGAAGGCCUUAUUGACAUUGAGAACCCCAACCGGGUGGCACAGACAACCAAAAAGGUCACACAACUGGACCUGGAUGGGCCCAAGGAGCUUUCAAGGAGAGAACGAGAAGAAAUUGAGAAGCAAAAAGCAAAAGAGCGUUACAUGAAAAUGCAUUUAGCUGGGAAGACAGAGCAAGCCAAGGCUGACCUUGCCCGGCUGGCGAUCAUCCGAAAACAGCGGGAGGAGGCUGCCAGGAAGAAAGAAGAAGAGAGGAAAGCAAAAGAUGACGCAACUUUGUCAGGAAAACGAAUGCAGUCGCUCUCCCUGAAUAAGUAGCGUGGCCUGAGGGAGGAGAUACCAGAGAACUGGGCCAUGGAGGCCAGGACUGCUGCUGUGUCUCGCCCACUCUGUGCCCUGGCACCGCUGCAGCAGCCCCUCAAGACAAGGAGUCCCCCCACGGCCUGGGGCCUCCUCUUCAUCUGGCACAGAAAUCGUU